AUGUUUGAGGAUGACUCAGAACUACAUGAAGAACUACAGAACUUCCAUGAACUGCAAGAAGAAAUAGAGGAGGUCCCACAACAACAUGAACAACAGCAGGACAACCCAGAUCUACAUGAAGAACUACAGAAUUUCCAUGAACUGCAAGAAGAAAUAGAGGAGGUCCCACAACAACAUGAACAACAGCAGGACAACCCAGAUCUACAUGAAGAACUACAGAAUUUCCAUGAACUGCAAGAAGAAAUAGAGGAGGUCCCACAACAACAUGAACAACAGCAAGACAACCCAGAUCUACAUAAAGAACUACAGAAUUUCCAUGAACUGCAAGAAGAAAUAGAGGAGGUCCCACAACAACAUGAACAGCAGCAGGACAACCCAGAUCUACAUGAAGACUGCAGGUGA